UGUUUAUUAGUUUCUCAAUGAUGAUCGUCCAAUUAAUUAGCUGAUUAGUAGAUUAUUUUUAUUUAUUGUUGAUAAAAUUAAUCGAUUUUAGUUAAUUAUAAGCUAUUAGACUUUGUUUCUAAUUGUUUAGACAAUUGAAUGUUACCUUGUAGAUGGCGACAACCUCUUCCAUCAGCUGUGCACUAAUUGAGGCGUGUAUUGUUUUUGAUAAUUAUUUGCUUUUUAACUCCUUUCAUUGGUGAUUAGUGUUUAUUUCUUAAUCAACUGUGGUCACAAAAUACUUAAAAUUUGUUACAAUUGUUUGGAUUACCUUUGAAACCGGUGUUUCUCUUGCAAAUUCUGAGCCUGACUUGACCCUGAUUCUCCGAGUAUCAUGUCUGUUUCAUCUGAAGGCUCUCGAUCAAAUUUCCGGCCAAAGGUAACUGGCCUUUCACCCAAGGAAGGGAUUCCUGGUACAAAGAUAAUUGUCAGAGGAGAAAAUCUUGGCCGUAAUCCUGAUGAUCUAAUUGAAUUGACAAUUUGUGGUGUUGAUUGUUUAAUGUUUGCCGAAUGGAAAAGCAGUAGUAAAAUAUUAACAAGAAGUGGAAGGUGUGAUGGAUUAGGAGAUGUUGUGAUUACAACUGCCUCCGGAGGAACUGGAACUUGUACUGUUCAAUUUAGAGGUUUACCUGAUAUUGUUAGUCCAACAAAAGAUUGUUCUGUUUGGAUUAACGAAGAAGAUUAUUUCACCCUUGGUAAAACAAGCCAUGGUUUAGGAAGUACAAUCCCUGGACUCUAUUCAUCUGAUCCAUUGGGAUUAUUACCUGAAGGAACUGAAGCCAUUAAAAGUGCUCUUGGAGAAAAUGUUGUCCGCCAAUUUUUUCCAGAAGCUCUUGGUCAAGAUAAAAGUGAAAAAGGUUUCGGUAAUGCCUUUUCUCACGACUUUAUUCCAGCCUGGUAUCUCUUGGAAAAUCAUAGUAACGCUUCAUUCAGCGAUCUGGUUGAAGGUUUGGAGAGAUUAAAGGCUCGAGUUAAUCAAAAAAGUCCAUCAACAUCUAGUCUGGGUCCAUUACAGUUACUCAAGCCAAACGUAUUAGCCAUUAUCGAGUGUCUGGAUGCACUGAAAACGGUUCACAUUAAUUUAAAGAAACACAAACAAGACAUGGGAUCAGAUUUAACAUACAAGGUGGAAGAACUUAUCAAAAAAUCUCUAUCAGAGGCUCAUAUUAUUUUCGAUUCUGUGUUGGCUCGCAAGGAUCUUGCUGAUUCGACCAGAAAUGCAUUGAACGUUUUACAACGUUAUCGAUUUUUAUUCAACUUACCAGCCACAAUUGAGCGUAACAUAACUAAUGGUGAAUACGAACUUUUGAUUAGCGAUUACAAUCGAGCUAAAUCCCGAUUCGCUGACACUCAAGUUUGUGUUUUCAAGAGAGUUUUCUCUGAGGUGGAGCAAAGAAUCAUCAAAUUUAGAGGAAAGAUACAAGAGAUGUUAAAUAAAGGAUGUACAAAUCACGAAAAUAGGAACAUCGAUGAAAUCAAGAAAUUAAUCCAAUAUCUUUUAAGUUUGGAAGCUCCUGGUAAUCCCGCUUGGGACUCAAUAGUGAAAAUAAAGGAUACACUGUUGUUAAAAAUGAGAGAGUGUCAUUGUAAAUACGUUGAGAUGUCUAAAUUGCCACAAAUCAUAUCAAAAGAUUCACCCAAUUUCUUGUCCGAAGGAGAUUCUGAUGUUCAAGGACCACCAAUCAUACAAUUCAUUGAAGAGUUAACCGCUCUUUUUACUACUUCAUUCGCCGACCUGGUCAAACUUGGCACAGCUUAUUUAAACUGCGAUUUCAAUACCAAAGAGUCACAACGAGAAUUAGAAGCAAAAGAAACUACCUUCAACAAUGAAAUGAUUCAAAAGCCAAUCACUUUAGCUGUAAAUCUUAUCCGAAGUGCCCUUUUACCAGGAUCUAUUAUAAGUCUAGGACCAGAUUACGAAACUUGGCCUGCAACUGCCGCUGAUGAAAGUUUCUUUGUCUGGUUACCAAGAUGUUUACAAGUUGGUUGCAAUUUUUACAAAGAUUUAACCAAAAAUGAUCUUCAACCAGUCGUUUAUCAACCUAUUCAACAAUUAAUCAGUGACCUUAGAGUCCAUUCAUUGGUAUCUCUAUUCAAUCAAGCAGCCGAAGAGGUAAAACAACUUUACACCAGAGAAACAUGGAAAAUAAUCUCAGACGAUUCGUCAGGUACUCGAACACAACUUCCCCUACUAUUUGAGGCGAAAGUUGUUGAAAUAUUACAACUUGUUCGAGAAAAUAUACUUCAAACCAGUACACCGGAAGAAAUUGACAUUUUCAGUAAGAUCAAUGUUCAGGGUCGAAUGAAACAACUUGCUCAAAAUCUACUUCAAGCCUUUUUAUUGACAUUGGAACGAACCUACAAAAAUCCCGUUACACCUCCGUCACCAAGUGACAAAGAACGAACCAUCGAUGAGGAAGAUCGAUGUCUAGUCGUCAUAUGUAAUUGUAGUUUCACCACAAACCAAGUGAUGCCUCGAUUACAUGAAAGUUUCGAAAAGUAUAAUUACCCUGACAUGACCAUGGUAAUAAAAGUUAUCCAAAAUAAAUAUCGAGACCUGGAAAAUAAACUUUCCUCAUCAUUUGUUGAUUCCAAAUGCGAUUCAGUAAUCAAUUCAUUGAAACCUUCAAUGUACACGGUGGCAAUUGAAUGUUACACUGGAACAACAAAACCCUCGGAGGUUAACUAUUAUAUUAAAGACGUGAUUGGAUUGAUAAUUGAAGUUCAAGCGAAAAUAUUUCUAAUUGCACCUUCGUUAGUACGUAAAAUGGUCAGUCAAGUGAUCGAGGCCACAUUAGAGGAAACGGCGACUCUUUUCCAAUCAGUUUCUGAUCGUCUAACCGAUGCUGGAAAUGUUCAUGCACAAGUUGAUUUAACAGCAUUGGAAUAUGUUUUCUCUAAUCCUGAACAUUUUGAGACACCGAAAACCGAUAAACUAAUGAAAAUGUCUCGAUCACGAUUAAGAGCUGUAACUUCAUCAACCGACCAAAAGUUAAUUUCUAGAAUUUUAAAUCGUUUUAAAGCAUCAAUGCAACUCCAAUUAUCAUGCUUCAAAUGGGCAUCAGAUAAUACGAUGAUUAUUGUUUGAAUUUGUCCGAUCCAUCUCACAUCCAAUCUUCUUCAAUAAGAAAACAAAACUAGAUGAAAACAAUUGAAAACAAAACUAAUAGAAACAAUUUCUGAUUUAAUUCAAGAAAAUUAAACAAGGAACACAAAGAGGAGAAAAACAAAUGAACCUUAUUUUUACUUCUUCUCUGCUUCUCAUUGUUACACAUCAUUUAUUAUACUAAUCCAAAUUUUCCUACUUGGGCUUUAGUUAUUAUUUAAGAAUAAAUAUCUUUUGUAUAUGUUAAAAAGUGAAUUAAAUUAUAAUUAAGUUAAUCAA